AUGUCUGUACAAAACUUGAUUACUAAAGAAACCUUUCCACUUAUUCAAGAUGGCACUAUUACUAUGGGAAGGGGUAGCUAUGGUAUAGAAUCACCUUAUAUCAGUCGCCAACAAGUCGAGAUCACGUAUUUAAGUAAUCAUCGCUGUUUUGUCAAAAAAUUGUCAGACAAGAUUAUGUUGUUGAAUGAAGCUGCAUUGCCUUUGCAACAAGAAUGCGAAGUAAAAAACCAAGACAUUAUUAGCUUUCCUAUUGGGAGAACAAGCGAGAAAGACACACGGAUUCGAUUCAUGUUGAUAUUACCUGAAUUACCUGAGUCACUUGUUCGAAUCAUUGAUAGAAUCAAGACAGAAGAAGGACAGCUAUCAGACAGUGAUAGUCUGUCUACAGUAGAUAGCGAAGAAGAACAAGAGAUUAACUUGAGUGAUAUUUCAUCAGAGUCAGAUGAAAUCACAAGCCGUUUAUUUAAGCAGAGACAAAGUCAUUGA